CCGUUCUCUUUUUUUUUCCAAAACACAUCGGCAAUUGUAUCUUAUUUCCUUUUUAGAAGAGUAUACACGAAUUGUAACAUAAUUCGACUAAAAAGAACAGGCCAAUUGCCUCUUCGAAACACUUGCGAAUAAAAACAAAAUACGAGGAUAAAAAGAGAGGAAACAAACACGGGAGAGAGAAAAAAAUUGCGAGAGGCCUUGGGCGUGUUAUCGCGAGCGGCGCGAGAUAAUUGCAUCCUUGCAGUGCCGUUGCAUUAGAGAACUUCGAUCAAGAAUGACGUAUGGUAUAUCUCACGAUCACGUGCAGCAGAAACGCGCGCAAGCGGGACAGAGGCGGCGAAGGGGAGGAGGGGAGGGGGGGGAGGAUGACGGCGAAAGAGCGUGGUAACGACGAGAGAAUCGGAGGGGGCUCGCUGAACGUAUAUAACCUUACGCUUGCGUCCCACCACUCAGUUCUACUUGGAGUUCGGACACAGCGAGAGAAGAGUAUAAAGCACGGAGAGAGCCCUGUAGAGCCAAUAAGCAGCUGCAGGGACGAGCAUGGCUUUGUGCCAACAGUUGGUCGCUGGGGCAGCGAAUGGCCGAGUUGACUCGAGACGGCAGAGAUAUGGUGCCAGCCA